UUUUUCUACAUAGACGGCCUCUUUUGUCCUUUCCUUGGGGGCAUCGUCUCCGCUGAGGUCCGGUGGUUUCUUAACUAAAUUCAGCAAAACGACGCUCUAAAUCGGUACUUCAGAACUCAGAAGCACUCGUCUUCCUCCGCUAAACCCUACCCUGUAAGUCCUCGCGGCCUGUUAUUCCCUGACGAAGUCUCACGCUCCAGUCUCCCUUACUGUGCUCCUCUUCCUCCAAUCCUCCACAUACAGAAAACGAAAACGGUCUCAUCAUCUGUCAGGGUCAUCUCCUCUCCGCAUUAGCGGUCUUGGAAUUUGUACUCCGUGGGCGUUCCGGCAAGGCACGGCCCGGGUGUGGAAUCUACGCCGAUUAUGGGUUCUACGGUUGGGCCUGUUCCUCGUCAGGACGCUAACGGGAUACUAAUUCUGAAGUAAAACGCAUGCAAACUUGCUGGCGACCCCACUCGCUGGUACCUCUCAUCGACUUCGCUUCCCUCACCCAACAUCGUUCUCUGCGCGCAGAGGAAGUGACUCGAGCUGUUUAAAGUGCUCUCUCUAUCUCUCAACCCAGGGUUGCUUAACUUUCAAACUAGUGGAAAAGCCAUGGAAGGUGGCAUUGGUUGGAGCUACAAAGAAAAUCAGCCAGGGAAGGGAUUAGAAGACACAGGGCUGAGUCUGCCAAUCAAUCACCAUGGUAACUUGAAGAGCGCCUCCAGCGAUCACGACCUAACUGACAUUUUUCAAAAGAUCAGAUCUUCUAAAACUUCUGCAGUUAUCAACUAUGGCGCAUCUUGGUGUCGUGUAUGCAACCAGAUCCUCCCUGCAUUUUGCCAGUUGAGCAACAGUUUCCCUAAGCUUUCCUUCAUAUAUGCUGAUAUUGAUGAAUGCCCAGAGACAACUCAGCACAUUCGUUACACACCUACUUUUCAUUUCUACCGAGAUGGCGAAAGAGUAGAUGAGAUGUUUGGUGCUGGAGAAGAACGUCUGCAUGAUCGUUUAUGGUUGCACUCUUGAAGACAUACUAGUAGUUUUUGUUACCACUUCAUUUCAAAUAACAUUCUACAGAUUCUUUGUUGUAAAAUUAUUAUCUUCACAUUUAGCUCUAAUUUAAGUUGGUGUUUAGACUUGAGUAUGUAAA